UGACCUUUAAAUCACGUGAUCAAUCGCGCGCCAAUUCUAGAAUUAUUCCCGGGUUAAUAUUUUUACAAACAAAAAGAAGCAGCACAAUUUUAACUUGGAUUUUGAGACUAAAUAUGACCACUAGAACUACCAGGGCGCAAGCCAAGCUAAACUUUCCUGUAAGGAAAACAAGGAAUUCAAGCAGACUUCAGAAAAAUGAAGAGAAUAUUGAAGCACCUGCUCAAAAACUGUUUGAUGAAAGCUUGAAUGUGAAACCUUCAAAGAGCUCAAGAAGACGUAAAACCUGCACUGACCAAGAAAACAACACUAAAGCUACUCAGCAAGAUGUCUUACCCACCCCGCCUCCCACUCCUAUUAUAAAACAUACAAUCUUAAGUGUCAAACCAAAGACUAAAACACCACAGAAAGAAUAUAUAGAGACACCUAAAACAUCUCAACCAUUGAUGUCUGUUCGACCAUGUAUGAGUCCACCACUUUCACCUAGAAAAUCUCACUUGGACAACAUACAGUCACCUCAGAAAGCUUUACUUUCUCCAAAGAGAAAAACACCCUCGAAAUCUGGAGAUAUUACACCAAGCAAGAGGAGAAAGGAAAACUGUCCAACUCCAGUGAAAGAUUCCCCAAAAAGUACUAUCCCCACAUCUAGAGUGCUCUUUGGACUGCCUGAUGAUCGUCCUAAUACACCUCAAUUGCAGACUCUUAAGUCUCAGACUCCAUAUUCAAUGUGCCAAACACCUAGAAAUCUUACUCCAUUGAGAUUAGCAAAGAGAGAAAGUCAGUGCUAUUCUGCCAUAAAACAGAAUCUCCACACAGCCACGCCUACCACGCUUGUUGGUCGUCAGCGAGAACGCACCGAGAUUGAGACUUUUUUGACGCAAAAUUUGUCGAAUAAGCAGGGCAAUAGUUUAUACAUAUCUGGGGCACCUGGUACUGGAAAGACUGCACUGUUAACAAAAAUAAUGGGAGAAGUCAAGGAAUGUAAGAAAUGUAAGACCGUCUAUCUGAACUGCAUGACGCUAACCAACUCACGCGCCAUCUAUUCAAGCCUUCUUGGUGAACUCACCAAUGGCAAAAACACAUCAGGAUCAAAUAAAGAUAUGGUGCGGCAAGUAGAGAAGAUCUUAACCAGCAGUGGCCAAAUGAUAUUGCUAAUCCUAGAUGAAAUUGACCAGCUAGACAGUAAAAACCAAGAGAUUCUCUACACCAUGUUUGAAUGGCCAUCACUCAAAAAAUCCAGAUGCCUACUGAUUGGUAUUGCCAAUGCCUUAGAUUUAACAGACAGGAUCCUACCCAGACUUCAGGCCAGGCCAAACUGUAAACCAAGACUCCUCAACUUCUCACCAUACUCCAAAGAUGAAAUCAUCGCCAUUCUAGAGGACAGACUGAAAAAGAGUAACGUGGAUGGUCAAGAGAUCAUGGACUCCAAAGCAGUUCAGUUCUGUGCCAGGAAAGUGGCUGCUGUAGCAGGGGAUAUGAGGAAGGCCUUAGAUAUAUGUAGACGUGCAGUUGAAACCGUUGAAGCUGAAGUUCGCAGCCAGACUGUCUUGGCAACGAGAGCAAGUCCUAGAAAAUCCCCCAAGAAGUCUGUACCAAAGAAGAUCACUAUAGCUCACAUAGCAAGGGUUGUGAGCGAGGUAUAUGGCUCUAAGGUGGUGGCUACCCCAACGCAACAAACCAUACCCCUGCAACAGAAGGUCCUUGUCUGUACUUUGCUGCUCAUGUUGAAGAAUGGAAAAGCAAAAGAGAUUAUACUUGGCAAAUUGCAUGAACAAUACUGCAAGAUAUGUAGCAAGCGUAAUAUGACUGGAACUGACCAAUCAGAGUUUCUCAGUUUGUGUGGUCUGGUGGAGUCUAGAGGCAUCAUAGGCAUUAAGAAAGGGAAAGACACUAGAUUAACAAAGAUCUCGCUGAAGCUCGAUGAGAAAGAAUUGGAGUUUGCGCUACAAGACAAAACGCUGGUGACAUCUAUCAUGAAUGAAGGAAUUAUCAGAUAGGACGCUAGCAAUAAAUUUGCUCAAUCACAUUUAUAAAAUGCAAUGUUGAAAAUUAUUGUUAAGAAUAAGAUGUUAAUCAGUGAUUCUAAAUUAAGAUGUGUAUUUUACUUUUUUAUUGGAUAAAGUGUGUGACAAUUUUUGAGUACAUUAUUGAAAUGCUCAGUGAAACAUUUUAAAUUGCAGUUGAAGUUCAAAUUCUUAAUUUUGAUGUUCCAGUUCAGAUUGAAUUUUUUUCAAUUGUAAGUCUUUCAAAUAUAGAUCAUAUCCCAUUUCUGUUAAGAUUUUUUAUAAAUAAGUUUUAGUCUUAUUUUUUUUUAUUUAUGAAACAGAAAUAUUGUAUGGUUUUAUCGAGAAUUCUCAGAUUUUAUUUCUUUGUUAUAUUUUAAAAAGAUAGUUGAUGCCUUCUAAAAAUAGGGACAUCAUUGAUUUUAAAUAUAUAUCUAUUAUCUUAGUACAAUGUAUUUAUUGGUGUAUUUUAGCAUGGAUACUAUGUAUGAUAUAAUCACAAUCAAAAAUAUGUGUUGUGUAAUGUGUAUUAGAUUAAAUAAUUAUAAAUAAAUUAUUUUUCCUCAAA